UGUCAUAACUUUUGAUAGCCUAUAUCAGUUCAGAUCUCGUUCGUUGUAAAAUCAAAAUUUUAAGUUGCAAAAAGUGAAAGUCGGUUUUUAUUCUUUUUACCAAUCGUUGAUGCUAAUCGGAAUCAUUUUAAAAUCAAGCGAACAAUAAUCCAACAUGGGUGAUGAAGGCGGUGGCGGCGGACAUGGAAAAGGCGACCUCAAGUCCUUCCUCAUGGACUUUAUGAUGGGCGGCGUUUCGGCGGCGAUUGCCAAGACGGCGGUGGCGCCCAUCGAGCGUGUGAAGCUCAUCCUGCAGGUGCAGGAGGUCUCCAAGCAGAUCGCGGCGGAUCAGCGAUACAAGGGCAUAAUCGAUUGCUUCGUUCGCAUUCCCAAGGAGCAGGGAUUCUCGUCCUUCUGGCGCGGCAACUUGGCCAACGUGAUCCGAUACUUUCCCACGCAGGCCCUCAACUUUGCCUUCAAGGAUGUGUACAAAUCGGUCUUCCUCGGCGGCGUGGACAAGCACAAGCAGUUUUGGCGCCACUUUGCAGGUAACUUGGCCUCCGGCGGUGCAGCAGGUGCCACAUCUCUAUGCUUCGUUUAUCCCCUGGACUUUGCCCGAACCCGUUUGGCCGCCGACGUGGGCAAGGGCGGUAGUCGGGAGUUCAACGGCCUGAUCGACUGCCUGAUGAAGGUGAUAAAGAGUGACGGCCCCAUUGGCCUGUAUCGCGGCUUCAUAGUAUCGGUGCAGGGCAUCAUCAUCUACCGAGCGGCCUACUUUGGAUUCUACGACACGUGCCGCGACUUCUUGCCGAAUCCCAAGAGCACACCCUUCUACGUGAGCUGGGCCAUCGCCCAGGUGGUCACCACCGUGGCCGGCAUUGCGUCCUAUCCCUUCGACACGGUGCGUCGUCGCAUGAUGAUGCAGUCGGGCCUGAAGAAGUCCGAGAUGAUCUACAAGAACACGGCCCACUGCUGGAUGGUGAUUGCCAAGCAGGAGGGCACCGGCGCCUUCUUCAAGGGCGCCCUAUCGAACAUCAUCCGCGGCACGGGCGGCGCCUUGGUUCUCGCGAUCUACGACGAGAUGAAGAAGUACUUUUAGCCCCGAUGUCCGGCCGUUUGUGGUGAGCCCAUUCGGCCACCAUAUAGCAGCACCCCACCCAAUAGCACACCACGAUCUCGCCGCACCUGCGGAUCAUCCCACCGUCAGCACACCGAUUUCAUCCUUUAAUGGAGGAGGACUUGGACCCCGAGGGCCCCAAUAGAGCCCAAUAAAUUAACUAUUUGAUUGGUGGCAGGAUGGCCGUAUGGCUGUUUGGCUGCACCUCAUCUCAGUUGUGUUCUUCGGCAGUGGUUGAGAAAAUACAAAUAAUUUAUUGAACUUUAA